AUGUCCCUCACUCCGGCCUUCCGCUUCAAACUUCCGCACACUGUGCGGGAGGGUCUGGUGGCCAUUGGCAAGUUCGACGGCCGCACGCCAUCGCUCGUCUUUGCUACAUCCGGCGGCAAGGUCGGCGUUCACGCUCCGCAUGGGCCGGCCGGCGGGACCGAGGUCUCGUUCCUCGCCGUCAACCUCACGCUCACCGCCCUUGCCACGGGCCCGCUGGUGAGCGACGGCCGCGACGUGCUGGUCAUGGGCACGGAGACACUGCUGCUGAUGUACGAUGUCCAGGAGAAUGCAGACGUGCUGUACAAGGAGGUCGAGGACGGUGUCUUCUCGCUGGUCAUCGGCCUGCCGCCGGGCGCCGCUGCUGAUGGCGCAGGCGCGCCGCGCUCGCCACUGGUCUACGUCGGCGGCAACUGCUCGCUGCAGGGCUUUGACGUCGAGGGCAAGGAGCAGUACUGGACCGUCACCGGCGAUAACGUGACUGCGCUCGAGAUGUGCGACGUCGAGGGCGACGGCAUCCCCGAGCUGCUUGUCGGCUCGGAGGACUACGAGAUCCGCAUCUACAAGGACGACGAGGUCAUCUCGGAAAUCACAGAAUCGGCCGAAAUCGUGGCCCUCACCGCCAUGCACGAGUUUGUCUACGCCUUUGCCCUCCGCGACCGGCAUCCGCCCACCGCCCAAGUCGCCUUUGACCUCGACAUGGACGGCGUGGCCGAGAUCGUCACCGGCUUUGCCGACGGCACCCUCCAGGUCCGCCGCCAGGACACGGGCAAGCUCAUGUACGUCGAAAAGAUGGACGACGGCAUCGCCGCCCUCCUCGUGGCAGACUACCGCUGCGAGGGCAAAGACCAGCUCGUCGUCGUCUGCGUCAACGGCGCCAUCCGCGGCUACCGCGCAGAAGACGUCCACGGCGAGGGCGCCGCCACCCUUGCCGCGCUCCGCGGCGAUGCCCCACUGGACGAGCCGCCCACCCGCCCCGACGCAAACGCUCACCUCGGCUUUGCCGACACCGUCGACGGCGACGACGGUGCCAAGGCAGCCUCUGCCGACGCUUCAAUGUCGCCGCGCCCUUCGCCGACCCCGCUCGCCCCGCACGAGCUCUCCUCUCACAAGAUCUCCGCCGCUCGCGCCACCGCCAUUCUCGGCAAGGAUCCGCUGCAGGAGAAGCUCGACGCACUCCUCGAGGAGAAGCACCGCCUCUCGCACCAGCUCCAGACCACCAGCUCAAACACGGCCCGCUUCAAGUCGGCCGACGCCACUCCCGACGAGGAGCUCGUCCCCACCAACACACGUGUCGACAUUACCCUCGUUCCCAACUACUCCACAAACUCGGUCGACCUCGUCGUCGAGACCUCCAACGAGACCGUGCUCGCCGCCGUCACCCUCACCGCAGACCACCUCUUUGAGCAGCAAUCCAUGCUUGUCCACCCUGACGAGGCCCUCUCCUCCGUCCGCGUCGCCAUCAUCCCGCAGAAGGACACCGAGCAGUACGUCGACGUCACCUCGCUCGUUGGCUACCGCGGCGCCUCCUUCUUCCAGGUCUUCUCUGACCGCAUCCGCUUCCCGCGCUUCGCUGCCUACCUCCCGGUCGACAAGGCCGCCGUCCAGAUCCCCAAUGAGGGGAUUGUUGUCCGCAUCGCCGAGCGCGCCUCGCAGCUCUACGUCUGGCUCCGCUCGCGCUUCCUCUUCAAUGGCCUCAACGUCGAGGCCUCUGGCAUGGACAUUGCCCUCUCUUCCCUUCGCGACGGCCACAUCGUCGGCAUUCAGUUCUUUGAGGACCGCGGCCUGCUCCAUCUCAAGUCGCACUCGAUCGAGUUCCUCGGCGAGCUCGUCCAGGACCUCGCCGACUUUCUGCACCUCGACCACGUCGAUUCGCAGGCCGAGUUCCCCUCGCUCAUGGCAGCCUUCUCUUCCACGCUCACUCAAGUCAAGGCCUUCCACUCGACACGCCAGAAGCUCUCCACUGACAUGGCCGAGACCGCUAACCUGGCAAAGACCCUCGUCGUCAAGGCCGAAGACGCCCGCAUUCUCGGCGACAUGCACGCCAUGAAGCAGCACUACUCGGCCCUUGCUGCUCUCAACCGCGACCUCCUUACAGAGUUUACCAAGCGCAAGAACAACCACAGCGCCCUUCUCGAAAAGCUCCGCGACGUCCACCGCAUGAUCCAGCGUGCCGCAAGGCUCCGCCGCGGCGAGCCCGCAAAGCGUGUCAUCGCCGCCUGCCGCAAGGCUCUUGCCGACUCCAACAUGCCAGCCCUCAUUCACGCCAUUUGCUCUGGCGGCGCCGCAGAGACAUAG